CUCCUCUGGCCCUAAACUCCUUCACUCGGAUAAUGAACUACAUGCGACACGAAUGAAUGCUCUGGUAAAACCGGAGUUCGACUUUGGUGCGCACUUCAGAAGCAGAAGUGCAGAAGCCGAAGCCGCUACUUGGUCCUCUUGUGGCAAGAGCUUGGUGCGGGCUUUGCUGCAAGGGGCGCUUCGAUACCACGAGGGCCGCAGCUGCCUGUCGCAUUUAGGAGAUGCUGUUCUGUGGCAGAAUCAACAUCAACAGUCCUUUGCGCAAACUUCUGCAUCCUGCUUCGAUGAUCAAAAUGCAAGCCGUUCUUUUCGGUUCCUCGGUAUUGGCACAGGCGAGGCGGGGCAAGUGGUCUUCGAAGCCGCGCAGAACUUGUUUGAUCGACAUGGUGUUCUUUCCACGACGACCUGCGGCCUCCCGCAUGUUGGGGACUACGCUAGGGUGCAGCUGCGCAACUACACAGGACGAGGUACUGCGAAUUAUAAGUCACAGGAGAGGAGCUGUCACUCGCUCUUGCUGAUCCAGCAAGUUGUUGUCUUCGAGGGUGGUCGUGAUGAAGGCGCAGAGGACAAUUGUGGACCUACGGCAAGAAUCUUAGCAGUACACCAGCAACAACAAAAUUUUGAGGGAGGCGGCGGUCAAAAAGCCGAACUCUUUCUCGACGACGAUACUGACACGCAAACCCUGAUUUUUCCGGAGGCGGAAACAUCACGGUCGCAGGUACUAGAUUUCACCAAGGCUGCCUCCAGUCGCGAGCCGGACUUGCUCGAUUUGUUCGGUGGGGAGGAAACAAAUGGUCCUCAGGGCGACGAGGUCACCGCGCCGGCGCCACGAAAAGACACUCUCAAUCCCGCGGCUGAUUUGGGCUUGCCCGAUGACUUUUUCUCCCCUAGUACCGUGGGCGCUGAAGUCGGCAUCGCAGCUGCAGGAAAAAAUCAAGACAAAAAUCAUGACGAC